AUGACAACGCACAGUGACGCUGGCCACAGACAGUUGGCCGGGCUGACCACUGUUCACAUGCCCAGACAGCGGCCACUGGAACGAGCCGGCUUGGUGGUGUCCCCGAACGCUCACUCCCACGUCCAGAUUCGGUAAACGGUUCCCGCUGUCCAGGCAAUAUUGUAGUCAGACCGGGAAAUUCAUCGGUUGCAGGCGCUUCCAGAUGGUUUUUGAUUUUUUUAUGCGCAAAGAUGCAUAAGUAUAUGUCAACAUUUUGAAAGAUAAAAAUGGAAUCACCUAAUAUAGGCUAUAGAGCACAUCGGAUGCUAAUUGGAUAAUAUCUGACAUGACAGAUUGUCAACACAAUGCAUUCCUUAAUUUAUAUGAUGGGCAAGGUGGUAUAUUCCAUCCUCAAUAGGGAUCGUUCUGUGCGUAAUUUGACUUUUUUAAAGAGUCAAGUCAGAUCACUUUUUUAUAAUGAUGGUUAUUAUGGGGAUGAUGGUUGUGGUAAUAACUUUUAGAACUGCAUAAAGUAACUUUUUGCAUAAAGUUAAAGAAAUCCUAUUUGAGGGGAAAUUAAGAUUCACAGAUAAAGUCAAUUAAUAGACUACUACUGGACAAGUCAGUGUUGUUAUUGAUUAUUGAGGAAACAACAGUUUCACAGUAAUGUAAUGUAUGUAAUAUAACCAAUUUCUCUUCAGGACAUAUUGCAACACAUACAGCACACAUCAAAACAAUAAAUCAUAGCAACAAAGACCAUUUUGAAUUUUGACAAAUUUUUUCACUUUAACAGCAGCCUGAGGUUAUCACCAAAGCACCCUUGGCUGAGGCGAUAGAAACCGGAAAUAUCUGGUUUUAAGGGAGACAGUAUCUUCAACCUAUUCUCAUCAAAAAUAUGAACAAAACAUGUAAAGUGUUGGUCCCAUGUUUAAUGACCUGAAAUAAAAGAUCCCCGAAAUGUUCCAUAUGCACAAAAAGCUUAUUUCUCUGAAGUGUUUUGCACAAAUUUGUUUGCAUCCCUGUCAGUGAGCAUUUCUCCUUUGUCAAGAUAAUCCAUCUACCUGACAGGUGUGGCAUAUCAAGAAGCUGAUUAAACAGCAUUCUCAUUACACAGGUACACCUUGUGCUGGGGACAAUAAAGGGACACUCUAAAAUGUGCAGUUUUGUCACACAACACAAUGCUACAGAUGUCUCAAGUUUUGAGGGAGCGUGCAAUUGGCAUGCUGACUGCAGGAAUGUCCACCAGAGCUGUUGCCAGAUAAUUUAAUGUUAAUUUCUCUACCAAAGUCGUUUUAGAGAAUUUGGCAAUAUGUCCAACCGGCCGCACAACCGCAGACCACGUGUAACCACGCCAACCUAGAACCUCCACAUCCGGCUUCUACACCUGCGGGAUCGUCUGAGACGAGCCACCCGGACAGCUGAUGAAACUGUGGAUUUGCAGAAACCGUCUAAGGGAAGCUCAUCUGCGUGCUCGUUGUCCUCACCAUGGUCUUGACCUCCUGAUUGCAGUUCGGCGUCGUAACCGACUUCAGUGGGCAAAUGCUCACCUUCAAUGGCCACUGGCACGCUGGAGAAGUGUGCUCUUCACGGAUGAAUCCCUGUUUUAACUGUACCGGGCAGAUGGCAGACAUGUGGGCGAGCGGUUUGAUAAUGUCAACGUUGUGAACAGAGUGCCCCAUGGUGGCGGUGGAGUUAUGGUAUGGGCAGGCAAUGUGCAGAGGUACAGUGACAAGAUCCUGAGGCCCAUUGUUGUGCCAUUCAUCCGCUGCCAUCACCUCAUGUUUCAGCAUGAUAAUGCACAGCCUCAUGUCGCAAGGAUCUGUACACAAUUCCUGGAAGCUGAAAAUGUCCCAGUUCUUCCAUGGCCUGCAUACUCACCAGACAUGUCACACAUUGAGCAUAUUAAGGAUGCUCUGGCUCGACGUGUACGAUAGCGUGUUCUAGUUCCCGCCAAUAUCCAGCAACUUCAUACAGCCAUUGAAGAGGAGUGGAACAACAUUCCACAGGCCACUAUCAACAGCCUGAUCAACUCUAUGCAAAGGAGAUGUGUCGCGUUGCAUGAGGCAAAUGGUUGUUCUGAUCCACGCCCUACCUUUUUUAAAGGUAUUUGUGACCAACAGAAUCUAGAUUAGGGCCUAAUUUAUUUAUUUAAAUUGACUGAUUUCAUUAUGUGAACUGUAACUCACUAAAAUCUUUGAAAUUGUUGCAUGUUGCAUUUAUAUUUUUGUUCAGUGUACUUUCCUUUUCACCUGAAAACCGGAAGUUGGGACCCCUCUCAGAUGUGUAUUUUACGCCUGCUACAUUAAAGUGACGAAGUAAAUUUAAUUAAAUUGCCAAAAUUAUAUAGCCUAAUUCGCUUACUCCUGUCUAUACAGAAAUAAAUAAAAUCAUUCAAAAUAGGCUACUACACCAGAAAGCAUGAUUUGGCCACAGAGGAUCAUUAGCUUCUUUAAAAUACAAAAAUGUAGAUUGUUUUAAAUCGCAUAGCCUACAGUCCAAAUGGCCUGCAAUUUCAGCAGUGCGUGCGGCAACUACCAAAUAGAUAAAUGUUGAGUUGCAACUGUCAGUAAAAAGCAGAGAGACCCAGCCAGGCAUAUCGCAAUAUUUAAAAAUACAAUAAUGGAAAAACAGUUUGGAAAGCAAAUGGCUAUUGCUGUAAUGAGAAGACAGUGAAAACUCUCCAAUCUGUCUUUUAGUUAUCAAAAUUAUCAACUUAAUUGAGCAUAUUCACUACCUCCAGGUUAGAUGGAUGUCAUAUUGUAUUUGUGUCUUCCCUUUUCGUAGGCCUAUGAUAUGGAUCAGACAAUGUCGUUUUUAUUGAUCUGUUUGUCAGUGACAGCAGAGUAGGCUAUCCUGUAAUAUUUGUUGUAUUAAAAAAGAUUCUGGUAAUAUCUCCAGUGAUAUAAUUGUAGUAGAAUUGCAUUAAAUGUGUUUAUAAAAGGCCAACAUUUUCCUGUACAAAGAAAAGAGAAGAAAUGAAUCUGAUAUAGCCUAGGCCUACUCUAUGCCACUACAUGCUGGAUUGAACAAUAUUUUUUUGCGAACAGUGAUUGAAUUAUAUUAUUAGCCUAAAUUAUGGCUAUCCAAUCUAAUCAUCACAUUAAGAAUAGUAGGCUAUACGUCUGCAAAUGCAAAGAUGCAUGGAAUGCUUAUUAUAAAGGUGAAUUUUUAUGAUGAAAAUACAGUGGGGGAAAAAGUAUUUAGUCAGCCACCAAUUGUGCAAGUUCUCCCACUUAAAAAGAUGAGAGAGGCCUGUAAUUUUCAUCAUAGGUACACGUCAACUAUGACAGACAAAAUGAAAAAAAUUUUUUUUUAUGAAUUUAAAUGUAUUUGGGAUCAUUGUCAUGCUGAAAGACCCAGCCACGUUUCAUCUUCAAUGCCCUUGCUGAUGGAAGGAGGUUUUCACUCAAAAUCUCACGAUACAUGGCCCCAUUCAUUCUUUCCUUUACACGGAUCAGUUGUCCUGGUCCCUUUGCAGAAAAACAGCCCCAAAACAUGAUGUUUCCACCCCCAUGCUUCACAGUAGGUAUGGUGUUCUUUGGAUGCAACUCAGCAUUCUUUGUCCUCCAAACACGACGAGUUGAGUUUUUACCAAAAAGUUAUAUUUUGGUUUCAUCUGACCAUAUGACAUUCUCCCAAUCCUCUUCUGGAUCAUCCAAAUGCACUCUAGCAAACUUCAGACGGGCCUGGACAUGUACUGGCUUAAGCAGGGGGACACGUCUGGCACUGCAGGAUUUGAGUCCCUGGCGGCGUAGUGUGUUACUGAUGGUAGGCUUUGUUACUUUGGUCCCAGCUCUCUGCAGGUCAUUCACUAGGUCCCCCCGUGUGGUUCUGGGAUUUUUGCUCACCGUUCUUGUGAUCAUUUUGACCCCACGGGGUGAGAUCUUGCGUGGAGCCCCAGAUCAAGGGAGAUUAUCAGUGGUAUUGUAUGUCUUCCAUUUCCUAAUAAUUGCUCCCACAGUUGAUUUCUUCAAACCAAGCUGCUUACCUAUUGCAGAUUCAGUCUUCCCAGCCUGGUGCAGGUCUACAAUUUUGUUUCUGGUGUCCUUUGACAGCUCUUUGGUCUUGGCCAUAGUGGAGUUUGGAGUGUGACUGUUUGAGGUUGUGGACAGGUGUCUUUAAUACUGAUAACAAGUUCAAACAGGUGCCAUUAAUACAGGUAACGAGUGGAGGACAGAGGAGCCUCUUAAAGAAGAAGUUACAGGUCUGUGAGAGCCAGAAAUCUUGCUUGUUUGUAGGUGACCAAAUACUUAUUUUCCACCAUAAUUUGCAAAUAAAUUCAUUAAAAAUCCUACAAUGUGAUAUUUUUGAUUUUUUUCCCUCAAUUUGUCUGUCAUAGUUGACGUGUACCUAUGAUGAAAAUUACAGACCUCUCUCAUCUUUUUAAGUGGGAGAACUUGCACAAUUGGUGGCUGACUAAAUACUUUUUUCCCCACUGUAUGCUUUCCCAAGUGUAGCCUAUGAUCAAAGGUCUUGUUCGACAUUGCAGCCAGACUGACUGAUCUACAAAGAACCUUGCAUCAUAAAUAACUACUCAUUGUUAUUUAUUAGUCAGUCAGUCUCAAUUUACCCAUGAUACAUUACGGAUUUGAUCCACAUGGCCAUUGUCAAGGUUUGAUUGAUGAACCUCACUGCCCAAUCGGUCAGUAUCAGAGCACUGCGAUCUGACCUCACAAUUCUGUCAAGAUUGAGUAACCACGCCCACCCCUCCCUUUAGCCAAUGAACGACUUUCGGGACUUUUCUCAAUUUUGAACUCCUUGCGUCCUCUCCUCGCUCCUCGCCUCCUUCUCAAAAACCAUUUGAAGAGAAGGUCAGAGAGGCGGGACCUCUGGCUUUCUAAUCCAAUGGGGUUUGCGAAGGAGGCGAGGAGAGAGGACCCGAGGAGUAGCCAAAGCAAUUGAAAUUUUGACCCGGGGCUUCCAAUCCCUUCGUGCACACGACAAUUCGACAGUAUAUUCGCGGCUCGAGAGACAGAACCACGGGGAGAAGUUGUAGACCUCCAAAACUAUUUUACGGUGAUGUGUUAACGACAGUAGGGUAGAGGAGAGCUGGGAUCAUUCAAACCGGGAGAACGAGCAGAAAGCGAAAUUAAACCGCAGUUCAUGUCAUGGUUGGAAGUUUUGACAGAUCGCAUAUAACAGAGUGGAUUCUUUGAGUGUUAUUGUAAGCACAAUUCUGGGGUUGAGAUAGGAGUGGAAAUUUCUGUAAUCGCAUUUUCUCCUUUUCCAAUGGACACGCAUUUGGAGACGCCUGGUACACAAAGUAGACCUAUGGAAUUACUUCUGUAAUGUGGAUUGCAAUUUUAUUUGAAAAAAAUAAAGGUCUACUUCAGAACAAUGUGAGAAGAUACGCAUCCUGGAUUUUCAUAUUUCUGGAUAUCUUGAAAAUUAUUGGCAACAGUUGAAGGUCGCUAUGCUCAAGGGAUUUUUGCUCAGGUGUCUUGCCUGCUCCGACCGUGGGACCAAAAUGGAUUUGACGCCACUACAACCCCCCGUCCCCCUUUAACAGAAGUUCUAACAGUUCUUACACUUUGUUAUUAACCUACUGUUUUAAAAUUCACAAAUGCUUUGGAAGAAAUCGCAAGACGACCGCAUGGAUUUUAAAUCGACAUUUGCAUUUGGAAUUUCAAUCAUGAACUUUGUUGACAGUUUGAUAACCUUAUUUCUCCUGACGCUUCUGUAUUUGUCAGCUGUCAAGGUAAAUAAUGUGUCAUAACAGACCCAGGGUCUCUAAAUGGACGUCAAGAAAUGUAUUAUAUUUGUGAAACAUGGUCAAGUGUAGGUUGUCCUUGUCGCUCCCCUUGAUAGGUCAUUGCUCAUGUUUUAACAACCUCAAAAUGUUUCGUGGAUUCGGAUAUAUUUAAAUAGCAAUUACGCUAAUCUGACACUGCUCCAAUUUAAUGUAUUUACUCUCUGCUGUGGUGCGUUUGUCGUUCACAGAGGUGGAAUAGGCCUAUGUAAUGUUUUUUAACGAAUGUUAUGAACUUUAGAGUCUAGACUGGUGAUUGCGGGCCUGCUCAGAACCACCUUGGCGAUAUUAUUACGCUUUAAAGGCGCAGCGGCAUUUUGAAUUUGCAAAGAUAUGGCAGCAGGUUCGCAGCCUGCACACUCGAUCCUAUAGCUUAAUUUUAGUCGGCACUAUCAGAAUACCACAAGUCCACUACCCACCCACAUUUUAAAUGAACAUUUCUGAAAAAUAGUGCAUUGGCUUCAUAUUUUAUUAAGGAUUUAAAAUUACUUUAACGCUUUAAAAUGUAGACUUUGACGUAGGCCUAUGCUGGUUUGCAAAUCAUUAAUCAAGAUUUUGAAGCCUCCACAUAACCCUUGAGCAAAAGUUUAGGAAAAAAAACCACAAAAAACCAACCAAUAUACCUCAAAAGGAGACACAGGACUGAAUAGGUUACUCCUGAAUUAUAUCGAAUUGGCCUAUACUUUCUCAGCCCACCUCUCUCUCCCGCACCCCCUCAUCAGUCAACCCGUGAACACCCCAUGAGACCUGUCAAGCGUUUGUUAUUAAACGAGCUCUAAUAAUCAACCAUGUAGAGUCAAAGCUUCUGCUGCUGUCGCAAGUAAUAAUAUAAUAUAAUAUGCCAUUUAGCAGACGCUUUUAUCCAAAGUGACUUACAGUCAUGUGCGCAUAAAUUUUUUACGUAUGGGUGGUCCCGGGGAUCGAACCCACUACCCUGGCGUUACAAGCGCCAUGCUCUACCAAUUGAGCUACAGGGGACUAUUAGUGGUCGUAAUUAGUAAUAUCAUUAAAAACGACAUCAAUAAGAGCCUUUGAGGUGUUGCGGCUCUCAUAAGUCCCAAUCGCCAGACCCUCACACCACCCAAGGGGCGGGGACUGCUGCUACCUGAAAAGAAACGACGGGUCUAUUUUACUUUUCAGGCUGGGGUGAAAAUGGUCCAGCCAAGUCACCCGUGAUAUAAGUCAGUAUUCGACGUCCAUCCAUGUAUGAGGAAGUCGGGAAAUGACGUGGAAACUGGCCACUAGGGGCAACAGUGAGCGCUGUUACCUUCAAGUAGGUUUCAGUGUUGUGGAUGGGGAUUGUGGAUGGGCAUCUGCCUCUGAUUCCAAAGAUUGCAAGUUCGAAUCCAGCGAUUGAAAGUUGUUUUUGAUUUUUUUGCUUUAAGCAUAUUCCAAACCUUAACCUUACCUUAAACAUUCGGAGUUAAUGCCUAACCUUAAGAAUGUGGAGUUAAUGCCUGAACUUAACCCUAACCUUAAACAUUUGGAGUUAAUGCCUAAACUUAUCCUUAAACACUUUGAAAUUUGACGUUUGGAACAACUUUGAAAUUUGAUGUUUAAGAAACAUGGAUGAAUGUGUAAUUCCGAUGUGAGACUGAGAAUUGGUAGCAGCGGUCACAGUUGAGGUUGAUAUUAUGCGCUUGCAUUGUUCCGACUAAACUCCGUAGUCCUCAGUGAAAGCCACUUGGUAAUGCAUCUCCCGCCUCACGCAAUCCUGGGCAGCAAUUGCACGAGUGUGUGUGUGUGUGUGUGUGUGUGAUGAUGAUGAUGAUGGUGUGUGUGUGCGUGCGUGCCUGUGUACGUACUUGCUUGCAUAUGAGUGGAUAGAUGCCAACCACUGUGGCAGGACUGCUGACAGAAAUCCCCCCAUGGAGAAAUGUCGCAAACUGUGGGCUGGAUGCGGGUCAUUGUAGCAACAAUUAACAAGUGUGGUCUGUUGAGUUGCGUAGCCUACACUCGCAUAGAGAAUUAAAUGGUUACAUUUGCAAACAGGCGUACAACUAAUUCAAUCUUCACAGUGAACGACAAUGUAGGCCUUGGCUUUGAAACAAAACAAACAAACCAGUUGAUAUUUGACAGCGGCCAAUGUCAUAUCGUGUCUGCGCCACGUAGCCUCUUCGGUUACAAUUUAGUCAAUGUGAACUGCACUGUAAUAUGACAUUCUUAAAUGUAAGGCUACAAUCUAACCUCCAAUUUGUGUGCCCCUUUUCCUUUCUCCCGUGCAGAGUGCCCACAUACCGAAAGAAGGAUGGAGGAUUUCGCAUGACGGCGGUAGGUGUAAGGCACCGUGGGAAAAGGGUUUUCAUUGGGCUCCCUCGAAGGCAAACUGCCAAUGAAACGGGGUUUGUGUGGUUCACAUUGAGAGCACAGGGAGAUCCACACCGCCUGGUGGACUGAAGCGUAACUGCACUAGGUCCUCAGGUUGGACGAAUAGGCUCCAACAUUGAAGCCAUAGUAACACAUUUCAACCAGAAUGUUGUCAAUUUUCACUUAUAAUCUCCACGAAUUCCAUUUGAAAUAUUGUGUGAGGUUAAGAUAGGGAAAUGUUAUGUUAACAGGAUUUUUAUAGAAUGGAAUUUAGUCUCUGGCCCUCUUGGCUUCUUUACACAAGCAUAAGUUGCACAAUAUAUUUGGAAAGGAGCUGCUCUCGAUCAGAAGCUGAAUGUUAUAUGUGAUAUUGUUUCAUACUAUGUUUGGUUUGGCUGGUAUAGGACACUGCAGGGGGUGUGCUAUGAUUUCCCAUUUCUCCCUUACUCUCCAAGAGGAAUCAGAGUUGUUGUCUGUCUGUGGUAUCUCAAUGUCUUUCUCAACAUGUGCAGCCCCAGGCUACAAUGUUUUUAGUGCUUCAGUGCAGAAGGUACCAAGCUUUGUGGGGCUGAGAGAGGGAGAGAAAGAGGGAGUCAGUACAGAAGCAUACCAGAGCCACAGUGUGAGAGGAAAGGAGAGAGACACCUUGAUGGGUGAGAUAAUAUAAUAAUAAAAUAUACAAUAUAAUGUACAUAUGGCAUGUACUGUAGUAGACGCUUUUAUCUAUAGCGACUUACAGUAAUGCGUGCAUACAUUUUUGUAUGGGUGAUCCCGGUGGGAGAUGCUGGUUGUUGAAGGGAAGUUAAUGUGGUAGAUGUAUAUUUUGUAAUAUGCAUGUGUGAUCUUGCCAAAGCAGCCCUGUGUUUGUGUUUGUUGAUUAUUUACAGUAUGUGUGUAUGGGUUCUUGGUAUACUAAAUGUGUGUGUAUGUCUCUCCUCAGUGAUAUCCUUCAUGGAGGUGUACAAUAAGAGCCUGUGUCAGCCCAGGGAGCUGCUGGUAGAGAUCGCACAGGAGUACCCAGAGGAGGUAGAACACAUCUUCAUCCCGUCCUGUGUGGUGCUGACACGCUGCGCAGGCUGCUGCAAUGACGAGAUGCUACAGUGUACUCCAACCUCCACACAUAACGUCACCAUGGAGGUGAGAGACUGACCCCUGACCUUUGACUGUUUAACCCCAUUACCUCUUACAUUUAGACUGGAAACCUCCCCAAAAUGUCAUUUAUAACAUAAUUGAGGUGAAACCCUUAACCCCAUACUUCUUUCUCUCUCUCUGUUAAUUCCUCUAUCUCCCAUGUCCCCUCACAACACAGUAACAUCACUAUGGAGGUGAGAGCCCUUAAACUUUAACCUUUAACCCCAUAGCCUCUAGCCUCCCCCUAUCCUCACAUUCUAUAGUAUCCCUUUCAGGAAUCUCUCCAGCCUCUUUCUGACAAUCAAUAUACCGUAUGCUACAUGCGUGUUUCAAGUUAUGUGGGUCUAUGUAUGUAGAUAUAUGUAAGGGAUAAUCAACGAGGGGCUAUGCGCUCUAUGGAAAAUAUUGAAUGACGUGGAAGCUUCCACGGAGUUGCAUUAUUUUCCAGAGAACAUAUAGAGCCCGAGUUGAUUAUCCCUUACAUAUAUCUAUACUUUUACUUUCAAAAGCAACUCAAAGAUAGAACAUGUUAGCAAGAGAUGGGACCAAGUCACCAUUUUGCAAGUCUCAAGUCUGAAUCUUCGAGUCUCAAGUCCAAAUCCAAGUUCCAAGUAAUAAAAAUCCCUAAUUUUGGGUUUGAGUCCUCAAGUCAAUGGUUAAGUGUUUUAUGCCAAUUUCAUUGCAAUUGCAAUGCAUCCGUGAUUUUGGACAGACAUGUUUUACGAACUGCAUCCUUUCCCCCCCACGACCACAUAGUCUUUGAAACCGAAUGCAACGAUUUUUGGGACCAAUAAUGGCCUAAUGCACAGCUGGCACUAGGUCCCAGAGUAGUGGGGCAAAUUGUUUAGCCUCGGGCCUGGAGUUUUGCUAAUCUGGUAACCAAACCAGGUAUAAAUCAGGACCCUAUAGGGUCUGACAGUGAUUAAUUAGUAGUUGUAAAAAUGGUAUUUAUAUGGGCAAUGGGACCAGAUGUACAUUUUAGUCAUUUAGCAGACGCUCUUAUCCAGAGUAAUUAGGGUAAAGUGCCUUGCUCAAGGGCACACCAACAGAUAUUUCACCUAGUUGGCUCAGGGAUUUGAACCAUCAACCUUUCGGUUACUGGCCCAACACCCUUAUCCACUAGGCUACCUGCCACCUAGGUAUACAGAUAUUCUCUAAACAGGUCAAAUGGGUUUUAAAGAAAUUAUGGAAAAACUCCUGGCCCUCGGGAGGAUGGAAACCCUGUCAAACUGCAGCAACCUUGUACUUGUUAAUAUUAAUUAUAUUUUAAACCAGACUUUCCUUUACACAGACACAACCAUUGCAAUUGGACAAUAGAACUCACAGGGUUGAGCUUGCUUUAUGCAGGUUUGCAUUGCAUAGGCCUAUGCAACUGCAAUUAAAAGUAACUCACACAGUCUAUUUAUGUAAUCAGUAUUGUGUUUUUUUUUAUUCAUUUCAUUUAAUACUUUUGGAUUGAAAAGUUCAAGGUAGUCUAGCCAGUCAGCCCAAGUUUGAAUAUAGCCUAAACCAAAUUUGAUCACAUUCACAUUUUCUCCUAACACAAAUAUAUGGGCAAUAAAUAGGCUACAUAACCCUGCCGAGAGGGGACAGGGAGCAUUGGCUGUAGCCUAUGCAGCUGCGGGCUGCAGUUGUUAUCAGUAGCCUAGUUGAUCAGACUGAGAAAUCGUCUCGUUUUCUUCCUAUACAGUUUAGGUGUAGGCUGCUGCAACAUUUCUGUGAAGAGUUCUUGCUUGUGUAUGUCGGUAGUGAUGUGUUAUCACUUUUGCUAAAUAAAUAUUGGAGGACAGUGGAGCGGCGUGCGCUUUGCUAGAUUAUGUGCUUUGUGCCUGGCCUGCGCAAACUGUGAUUUCCGUGAAUCUGAUUGUUCAAGACACAGAACAGAAUGCACAGAACCUGCAGCACUCUGAUAUGAAGGACAGAUAGGCUUACAUAGUGCGCGAGAUGACAUAUCGAGUCUCUGGAGUCAUACAGCUCAAGUCCAAGUUAAGUCACAAGUCAUAGAUGCUCAAGUCAAAGUCAAGUGGCAAGUGUUUUUUAUUUUUGCCAAGUCAAAUCUUAAGUCGCAAAAUGUGUGACUUGAGUAGUACUUGAGUCCAAGUCACGUAACUCUAGUCCACAUCUCUGACUAUAGCCAUUGGAUUCUACCGUGCAAAUAUACCGUGCGUUAUAGGGAAAUAAUGCACGCUCUAGAAUGCCCUUCAAGCCAAUCAGAAACGUAUUCAACAAUGCCAUGAUAUAUGUAAGGGAUAAUCAACAAGGGGCUAUGCGUUCUAUGGAAAAUAAUGAAUGACAUGGAAGGUGUGUUCCACGACGCAAAGUUGCAUUAUUUUCCAGAGAACGCAUAGAGCCCCGAGUUGAUUAUCCCUUUUAUACCAUGGCUAUAAUUUAACGGAUUUGCGGCAGGAAAUGUGUUCAUUUGCUGGUAAAAAUGUGUUCAACAUCCACUGAAGUAGCUAGCAAGUUUACUAGAUAGCUACAGUAGUUGCCGUGGUAACCAAACAAACAGACUUGCUAGUUUAGCUAACCAAACCAUCAGUCCUAGCUUGCCAUUAUGAAAAUCAAAUUCAACAAUGCCAGUAAAGUUUUCAAAUAUACUUUUGCUUUCAAAAGCAGCUCAAACAUAGAACAUGUAAGAAUGAACUAUAGCCAUUGCAUUCUACCGCGCAAAUAUACCGUGCAUUAUAGGGAAAUAAUGCACGCUCUAGAAUGCCCUUCAAGCCAAUCAGAAACAAGUAUUCAACAUUGCAAUGGUAUAAAAGUGUGUAAACAAUAUAUGUGCGUAUUGUAUAUUUGAGUAUAAUGUCAGAGAGCAAAUGGGAAAGGAGAGAGUCUAUAUGUGUGAGUAUGUUUGACCGUUCUAUAUUGGACUCUGUCUUCUCCUGUUUUUGUUUCCACAGAUAAAAAGAAUAAAACCCCAAAGGCAACAAAAUGAUAUCUUUAUGAGUUUUACAGAACACAGUGCAUGUGAAUGCAGGUAAGACAUGUUUAAGUAUUAUUUUGUAAACAUGCUGCAGUUACGCACACACACACACACCUUCUAUCUAAUCCAGUGUUCUUCUCAGUUCAGGGCAUAUGGAGGUCUUCUACGAGGAAUUCAGGGGUAUUUACUGUAAACCGCGAUAUUGAUUGUCUCUGUUAGAUAACUAAAAGUAUGUUCCUACUUCCGGGUGCCAUCUACAAUCACACUGAGCACUGAUCAAGGCCUGUAUCCACAAAGCGUAUAAGAGUAGGGGUGCGGAUUUAGGGUCAGAUCCCUCCUGUCCAUAUUAUCGUAUUCAUGAUGAUUUUAAGGCAAAACUGAUCCUAGAUCAGCACUCCUACUCUGAGACACUUUGCAGGUCACAGAAAAGUGACACGGUAUGAACCAUGUAUCAGCUUUUCCUUUAACACCAUAGCUACUCAUUUAACAUUUUAUAAAGAUUUCUAUCCUACAUUCAGUGUGUAUAAUUUUCCACAUUUUCAUAACCAGCAUAUAAACUACUCAUAAACCAUUAAUUCAUAGUUUGUUAACCAUUAGUAAACUCUUUGUAAAUGACUAUGUUUUCACAACUCUAACUAGUUUAUAAGUAGACUGCAUAGAUUUACAUGGUUUUCUCCUAACCUAUUGAGAGUACUGUGAAAUUAAAUGUGACGUUUCACAAUUCUUGGCCUCCUGUACCCACUGGAUUACCUGUGAGCCAGAGGAUUCCGUUGCUCCAUAAUCAGUUAUAGGGAAAUGAGCUGUCAAGUUGAACAACAAAAUAGACUUGACAAUCGGCUAUUGUUAUCAGAUAGUGUGUAUUUGUGUGUGUGUGUGUGUGUGUGUGUGUUGUUGUUGUUUGAAAACAAAUCAAGGAGAUAAGCCAGGGAGAAAGCCAUCCUUGUCAUGACUACUUAGGGAUCAGGGAUGGAAAACACUAGAGUAGCAGAGUGCUACAUGGCCACCCAAGCUGAUCCCUGUCUAUGUAUAUCUAUCUGUCCACUGUUGAUGAUCUGAAUCUGUUUACAAAGAAACAAACGGUGGGCUGUAUUUUGUAUUUAUUAGGGAUCCCCAUUAGCUGUUACCAAGGCAGCAGCUACUCUUCCUGGGGUCAAAACACAUUAAGUCACUUACAUCACAUAUAAAACAAAAGAUAAAACAGUACAUCAUAUAACAUUAUUACACCACUACAUAUCUACAAAACAACAUGUAUAAUACCACCAUAAAACCAUAUUACAAUGUAUGUGUGUGUAGAGUGCGUGUGCUAGCGCUUGUGUGCGUAUGCGUGUGUAUGUACCUUUGUGUGUGUCUCUUCACAGUCCCCGCUGUUCCAUAAGGUGUAUUUUUACCUGUUAUUUAAAUCUGAUUCUACUGCUUGCAUCAGUUACCUGAUGUGGAAUAGAGUUCCAUUUAGUCAUGGCUCUAUGUCAGGGGUGUCAAACUCAUUUUAGCUCAGGGGCCACAUGGAGGAAAAUCUAUUCCCAAGUGGGCCGGACCGGAAAAAUCAUGGUAUAUAUAUAACUUAAAAACAACAACUUCAGAUUGUUUUCUUUGUUUUAAUACGAUCAACAUACAACAUAAAGCUGGAGCCUGAGGACAGUGUGUCCAAAAUAGUACAAGCACAACAUCACUAUUAAUCAUAAAACACGUCAAGUUUAUUUGAAAAUUCUAAAGAAAAAGAACACACAAACACACAAUGCCUCAGUGAUUAACAGAACUGUUUCACAGAUCACAGAACUAUAUCAGGGUGUCAUUUCUCAGGCAGAAAUGUAGAUAAAAAUAAUGAAAUCCUGUUCCCCAAACAAGUGCAAGAACCACAGAGUCAAGAAUAGGUUAAAUAUACAAAUAAAAUAAAAACAAUUAAAAACAAUAGCACAUCAACAUAAAAACAUAUAAACAUAAAGCUGGAGCCUGAGGACAGUGUCCAAAAGCACAACAUCACUAUUAAUCAUAACACCUCAAGUUAUUUGAAAGUUCUGAGGACAAAGAACACACAAACACACAAUGCCUCAGUGAUUCACAGAAGUAUAUCACAGAUCACAUAACUAUAUCAGGGUGUCAUUUCUCAGGCAGAAAUGUAGAUAAAAAUAAUGAAAUCCUGUUCCCCAAACAAGUGCAAGAACCACAGAGUCAAGAAUAGGUUAAAUAUACAAAUAAAAUAAAAACAAUUAAAAACAAUAGCACAUCAACAUAAAAACAUAUAAACAUAAAGCUGGAGCCUGAGGACAGUGUCCAAAAGCACAACAUCACUAUUAAUCAUAAAACACCUCAAGUUAUUUGAAAGUUCUGAGGACAAAGAACACACAAACACACAAUGCCUCAGUGAUUCACAGAAGUAUAUCACAGAUCACAGAACUAUAUCAGGGUGUCAUUUCUCAGGCAGAAAUGUAGAUAAAAAUAAUAUGAAAUCCUGUUCCCCAAACAAGUGCAAGAACCACAGAGUCAAGAAUAGGUUAAAUAUACAAAUAAAAUAAAAACAAUUAAAAACAAUAGCACAUCAACAUAAAAACAUAUAAACAUAAAGCUGGAGCCUGAGGACAGUGUCCAAAAGCACAACAUCACUAUUAAUCAUAAACACCUCAAGUUAUUUGAAAGUUCUGAGGACAAAGAACACACAAACACACAAUGCCUCAGUGAUUCACAGAAGUAUAUCACAGAUCACAUAACUAUAUCAGGGUGUCAUUUCUCAGGCAGAAAUGUAGAUAAAAAUAAUGAAAUCCUGUUCCCCAAACAAGUGCAAGAACCACAGAGUCAAGAAUAGGUUAAAUAUACAAAUAAAAUAAAAACAAUUAAAAACAAUAGCACAUCAACAUAAAAACAUAUAAACAUAAAGCUGGAGCCUGAGGACAGUGUCCAAAAGCACAACAUCACUAUUAAUCAUAAAACACCUCAAGUUAUUUGAAAGUUCUGAGGACAAAGAACACACAAACACACAAUGCCUCAGUGAUUCACAGAAGUAUAUCACAGAUCACAGAACUAUAUCAGGGUGUCAUUUCUCAGGCAGAAAUGUAGAUAAAAAUAAUAUGAAAUCCUGUUCCCCAAACAAGUGCAAGAACCACAGAGUCAAGAAUAGGUUAAAUAUACAAAUAAAAUAAAAACAAUUAAAAACAAUAGCACAUCAACAUAAAAACAUAUAAACAUAAAGCUGGAGCCUGAGGACAGUGUCCAAAAGCACAACAUCACUAUUAAUCAUAACACCUCAAGUUAUUUGAAAGUUCUGAGGACAAAGAACACACAAACACACAAUGCCUCAGUGAUUCACAGAAGUAUAUCACAGAUCACAGAACUAUAUCAGGGUGUCAUUUCUCAGGCAGAAAUGUAGAUAAAAAUAAUGAAAUCCUGUUCCCCAAACAAGUGCAAGAACCACAGAGUCAAGAAUAGGUUAAAUAUACAAAUAAAAUAAAAUCAAUUAAAAACAAUAGCACAUCAACAUAAAAACAUAUAAACAUAAAUCUGAAAGCGUUGCUCAAACUGCCGUAACAGUCCCGUUAUUUUAUCUUUGAACCGCUUCAUGUCUGCCACAUGUUGGGUCGCGCACACAUUUUUCAGACAGGGGAAGUGAGCUGCAUCACCACCGGCAAGUUGCGUCUCCCACAAUGACAGCUUCAACUUGAAAGAACGUAUGCUGUCAUAAUACUGCGUGACAACUUUGUUGCGCCCUUGCAGCUGUUUGUUCAAGUUAUUCAGGUGCUCUGUAACAUCCACCAUAAAUGCAAGGUCCUGCAUCCAUUCUGCGGAAUGAAAUUCUAACACUGGUUUGCCCUUUUCUUCCAUGAACUGUUCAAUUUCUUCUCGUAAAUCAAAGAAACGCCUCAGCACAGCACCUCGGCUUAACCAUCUUACCUCAGUGUGGUAUGGCAGGCCAUAGAUGUGGUCUUUCUCUCUGAGAAGGCUGUCAAACUGGCGGUGAUUCAGGCUUCUGGAUCGGAUGAAAUUAACAGUUUGGAUGACCACCUUCAUGACGUUAUCCAUCUUUAAUGACUUGCAACACAAAGCCUCCUGGUGCAAAAUACAGUGAAAAGUCAAAAAAUCACGUCCUCCAUUUGCAGAUUGCACUUUCUCUCUGAACUUUGUCACAACGCCUGCUUUUUUCCCGAUCAUUGAGGGCGCACCAUCUGUAGCCAGGCUGACAGCGCGGGACCAGUCCACUCCGACCCUGUCCAGCGCGCCGACGAGUGCGGUAAAAAUAUCAGCUGCUGUCGUUGUAUCUGUCAUCGGCACCAACUCCACAAACUCCUCGGUGACGGUCAAUGUGUCAUCAACUCCGCGGAGGAAAAAAUGGCCAGUUGUGCAACAUCUGUAAUGUCCGUGCUUUCAUCAAUUGCAACUGAAAACGCAAUAAAUGACUUUACUUUUUGCUUCAACUGGCUGUCCAAAUCCACUGAAAGAUCGGAAAUCCUGUCUGCAACUGUGUUUCUUGUCAGGCUGAUAUUUGCAAAAGCCUGCCGCUUUUCAGGGCACACAAUCUCCGCUGCCUUCAUCAUGCAUGUUUUUACAAAUUCACCCUCACUAAAUGGUUUUGAAGCCACUGCGAUUUCAUUAGCAAUGAGGUAGCUAGCUUUCACUGCAGCGUCACUGAUGUCUCGGCUGUGAGUAAACACAGACUGCUGUUUCUUCAGACCCGACAACAGUUCAUUCACCUUCUCUCAUCUCCGCUGUCCUUGAAAGUUGUCAUAUUUGUCGGCAUGAAGACUCACAUAGUGGUGACGAAGGUUAUAUUCUUUCAGCACUGCAACAUGCUGUGAACACACCAAACAUACAGCUUUCCCAUUCAAUUCCGUGAUUAAAUAGGAUGACCAUUUUUCUUGGAACACUCUGCACUCUGCGUCCACUUUUCUCUUUUUUGACAGAGACAUAUUGGGGCAAUGAGGGUGCCAAAGCACAUAAUGUUAAAAGUAGAAGCCGUAAUAAAUAUCGCGGGCAAAACAAAGUAGCUCAUUGGCUGCACGUGCUUGACCUACUUGCUCUGCCCCGGUAUAAACAGUUUGCUUGCUUAACACAAUUGCUAUUGCGCCAUCCAGUGGACGCAAUUGGAACAGCAGUUUAUUUUAUUGAAAAAUUGCAGCGCAUUUUUAUACUUUACAAAUGUUUAUUUUUUAUUUAUUUUUUAUUUUUUUUAAAAUCAUCUCGCGGGCCGGAUUAAACCCGUUUGCGGGCCUGAUCCGGCCCGCGGGCCGUACGUUUGACACCCCUGCUCUAUGUAGUACUGUGCACCUCCCAUAGUCUGUUCUGGACUUGGAGAUUGUGAAGAGACCUCUGGCGGCAUUUUUUGUGGGGUAUGCAUGUGUGUCCGAGCUGUGUGCUAGUAGUUUAAACAGACAGCUUGGUACAUUCAGCUUGUCAACACUUCUUACAAAAACAAGGAGUGAUGAAGUCAAUCUCUUUUCCACUUUGUGGCACCUGACCACACAAUGGAAUAGUAGUCCAGGUGCGACAACUAGGGCCUGUAGGACCUGCCUUGUUGAUAGUGUUGUUAAGAAGGCAGAGCAACGCUUUAUUAUGGACAGACUUCUCCCCAUUUUGGCUACUGUUGUAUCAAUAUGUUUUGACCAUGACAGUUUACAAUCCAGGGUUACUCCAAGCAGUUUAGUCACCACAACUUGCUCAAUUUCCACAUUUUUCAUUACAGGAUUUUGUUGAGGUUUAGGGUUUAGUAAAUGGUUUGCCCCAAAUACAAUGCUUUUAAUUUUUGAAAUAUUUAGGAAUCACUUAUUCCUUGCCCCCCAUUCUGAAACUAACUGCAGCUCUUUGUUAAGUGUUGCAGUCAUUUCAGUUGCUGUAGUAGCUGACGUGUAUAGUGUUGAGUCAUCCGCGUACAUAGACACACAGGCUUUACUCAAAGCCAGUGGCAUGUCGUUGGUAAAGAUUUAAAAAAGUAAGGGGCCUAGACAGCUGCCCUGGGGAAUUCCUGAUUCUACCGGGAUUAUGUUGGAGAGGCUUCCGUUAAAGAACACCCUCUGUGUUCUGUUAGACAGGUAAAUCUUUAUCCACAAUAUAGCAGGGGGUGUAAAGCCAUAACACAAGUUUUUUCCACCAACAGACUAUGAUUGAUAAUGUCAAAAGCCGCACUGGAGUCUAACAAAACAGCUCCCACAAUCAUUUGAUCAUCAAUUUCUCUCAGCCAAUCAUCAGUCAAUUUGUUUACUGUAAAAUAGCAUUUUAUCUGGUCAAACACCAUUUUUUCCAAAAGUUUAUUAAGGGUUGCUAACAGGCUGAUUCGUCGGCUAUUUGAGCCAGUAAAGGAGGCUUUACUAUUCUUGGGUAGCGGAAUGACUUUUGCAUCCCGCCAGGCCUGAGGGAACACAUUUUCUAGUAGGCUUAAAUUGAAGAUAUGGCAAAUAGGACUGGCAAUAUCGUCCUCUAAUAUCCUUAGUAACUUUCCAUCCAGGUUGUCAUUGUUGAUAUACAACAAUACUUUUUUUACCUCUUCCACACUCACUUUACGGAAUUCAAAAGUACAAUGCUUGUCUUUCAUAAUUUAGUCAGAUAUACUUAGAUGUGAAAUGUCAGCGUUUCUUGCCAAUUAAAAAAUCACUAAAGUAGUUGGCAAUAUUGGUGGGUUUUGUGAUGAAUCUGAUUAAAUGAAUGAUGGAGCCGAGUUUGCCUUUUUGCCCAAAAUUGCAUUUAAGGUGCUCCAAAGCUUUUUACUAUCAUUCUUUAUAUCAUUUAUUUUUGUUUCAUAGUAUAGUUUCUUCUUCUUUUUAUUUAGUUUAGUCACAUGAUUUCUCAAUUUUCAGUAUGUUUGCCCAACUGUUGUGCUGCUAGACUUAUAUGCCAUACCUUUUGCUUCAUCCCUCUCAACCAUACAAUGUUUCAAUUCCUCAUCAAUCCAAGGGGAUUUAACCGUUUUUAGUCAUUUUCUUAACAGUUGCAUGCUUAAUAGUAAGGUAAGGGCUGUAAGGUAACGUCAUGUUGUUUGUUUCUGUCUCUCAGGCCAAAGAAAGAAGUGAAAGAACAGAGAGAAAAGUGAGUACAGACUCUUGCUCUGUGUUGAUUUGAGAAGCGAUGUCUAUUAUUUUCUUGUCUAUCCAUCUCUUUGGCAUUGUCUUUCUCCCUCUAUCUUUCACUGUCCUCUCGCUCUCAAACUCUCUCUCUCUCACACACACUCUCUCUCUCUCUCUCUCUCUCUCUCUCUAUCACUCUCUCUAUCGCUCUUUCUCCUGUGCUCACACAUUUUCAGCAUUUCUCUCUUAAAAUGUGUGUUGUUACACACGGUAUACAACAGUGUAUCAAAUGAUCACUUACACUACCAUGUUGGCACAGAUCCAAUGAGCUUCCUGAAGUUCACAAAUAAUCACAUCCCUUUUAUCCAUUCUAAUAUCAUGACCCUUUGAGCUCUCAGGUGAGACACACGGAAAACCCCUAGAAUGCUUCACUCAGGUGAAUAAGUGACACCUGAUGAGGUCAAUGUCCUCUGCUCCUUUCAUCUAAUGUCGUUUUAUAUACACAUGCUGCUCUUUACAUUCCUCUGUUAUGAUCCACCCUUCUGUCUCUGUACCUGCCUUUAAGUAUGUCUCAGGGUUCAUGUCUUUAACUCUGUUUUACAAGAUCCUGUGAUGUGUAGAUUUCAAUGUGUCUUUUUAGAUACCCCCUUUAACUUUUUUUUGUGUGUGUUUAUGGGUCUGGCUAGAGUGGAUUUCUUGUACUACAAUAUUUUCCCCCCUCUACACAUGAUUCUCUAGUUUUCCUAUUGCCUAAACCUAUGGGAUUACCAGGGUCUUUGGUUGUAUUUAGGUUUUAUAUGUAAUAUGUCCAGCGGUAUAGAUAAGGGUUUGUUUCUGCGACCCAAUCUGACCGACCUUGUUUUAACCAUUUAUGAGUCUGAAGGCUGAUGGCUUUAGUGCUCCCUGCCACCAUGUUUCUACACUGAGAUGCCCCAGGGGUUGUUCAACUCUUGUUUUGAAUGCUACCGUGCUUUACUGUUUGCUUAACUUUUACACCUGACCGUGCUGUGGUGACGGCAGGGUUGGAUUAAGAAAUCAUAGGCCCCAGGGUGUGAGGACAGACACAGGGAGACAGGAAGCAAGUACAGGUUGUGAACAUUUAAUGAAAAAACUGACAUAUAACAAAACAAGAACAGCGUCUGGACAAGGGGAACAAAACAGCAUUAAUACAGACACAGGGAUCAACCUGGGGAACAGACAGAUAUAUAAGGGCAAUCAACAAAGGGAAGGAGUCCAGGUGAGUCCAAUGAGCGCAGAUGCGCGUAACGAUGGUGACAGGUGUGCGUAAUGAUGGGCAGCCUGGCGCCCUUGAGCGCCAGGGCAGGGAAGCGGGAGCAGGCGUGACACAGGGCUUAGAUAUUUUAUAGGGCCCCCCUCCCCUUUUCAGGCGCUUGCAAGUGCACACAUUCUUUUAUGAGCCUAAUAAUAAAGACGUAAUUUAACUGUAAAAAUGUUUUUUUUUUUUUUAGUUUUAUCUGCCUCUUGGAGGUUGCAGUAAAAAAAUAAAAAAUGUAUACAUUUCAAUGUAGCUCUGCUUCAAGGGCCCCCUACAGGCUUGGGCCCCUGGGCUUCAGCCCAUGAAUGCCCCUGCAUUAAUCAGGCCCUGGGAGAGGAGCCUCCUGGGUAGUUAGUCACAGUGGUGUUAAUGAUGGUACAAAAGACCUCUGAAGAUCAAUGAGCUGGAUCAGUCAUCCUAUGGAAGCUAACUCUAGUCUAGGUUCACCCAAUCAUUGUGCGGAAAUGUUCCUUUCUUGUCACAUUUUGUUAUAUAUCCUGCACCUGUUAAAUCUGCUGGUAGUGAAUACACUACCUGGAGCUCAUUGUUAUAUCAAACAAGUUGAACAGGCAGAUCAUUCAAGAUUUACUUCGAAAUUGGACGUCUGUCCGUGUCCUAAGGACAUCGGGAAAUGCCUUCAAAACCGGACACUAGGGGCAACAGUGGGCGCUAUUAUCAUCAAGUAGGCUUGGGUUUUGCUAGGGUGUUGUGGACGGGGGUGGUGGACCCUCAUCAUCCUAUGACUCCGGAUCAGAAGGUUGCAUGUUUAAUCCCAGUGGUGGACCCUCAUGUUUUAUUUUUAACCCUAUCCCAAAACUUAACCCUUAAUUUAACCAUUCAGAAUGAAUGCUUAAAUGUAAUAUUUUAAUCCCAUCCAAAACCUUAACCCAAAACCUUAACCCUUAACUUUGAAAUGUGACGUUUGGAGCAACUUUGAAAUUUGACAUUUGGAGAAAAGUGCAAAAAACGUCUAAUUCUGCAGUGAGACUGUGAGAGCUUGUUGAGUUCAAUCAGCCAAGACUGCUGACCCAGAUUAGUUGAAAGAGAACUAGGCUGAACCUUCUAGAUGGGUUAGCUGACAACGUCACGAAAAAGAUGUGCACGCUUAAAUGGGUCAGAAGUCCGUGAGUUGUGAUUCUAGAUGGCCAGAUAGCUACCAACAGUGACAAGAAACGGCCAUGUGGGGAAUUGUAAGUGACUAAUUUAAUCUUGUUCUUGAUACCAAGUCUUGUUUUGAGGUGUUUUGACCGAUUUCAUGUCAAUGCUAUCCAAAUCCACUAGUAACCAAAAAAUCAAAAUACAUUUUAUAUGUGAUAUUCUUCAAAUAGCCACCCUUUGCCUUGAUGACAGCUUUGCACACUCUUGGCAUUCUCUCAACCAGCUUCACCAGUAAUGCUUUUCCAACAGUCUUGAAGGAGUUCCCACAUAUGCUGGGCACUUGUUGGCUGAUUUUCCUUCACUCUGCGGUCCGACUCAACCCAAACCAUCUCAAUUUGGUUGAGGUCGGGGGAUUGUGGAGGCCAGGUCAUCUGAAGCAGCACUCCAUCACUCUCCUUCUUGGUAAAAUAGCCCUUACACAUCCUGGAGGUGUGUUGGGUCAUUGUCCUUUUGAAAAACAAAUGAUAGUCCCACUAAGCCCAAACCAGAUUGGAUGGCGUAUCGUGCAGAAUGCUUUGGUAGCCAUGCUGGUUAAGUGUGCCUUGAAUUCUAAAUAAAUCACUGACAGUGUCACCAGCAAUGCACCCCCACACCAUAACACCUCCUCCAUGCUUUACGGUGGGAACUACACAUGCAGAGAUCAUCUUUUCACCUACACCGCAUCUCACAAAGACAUGGCGUUUGGAACCAAAAAUCUCAAAUUUGGACUCCAGACCAAAGGACACAUUUCCACCAGUCUAAUGUCCAUUGCUUGUGUUUCUUGGCCCAAGCAAGUCUCUUCUUAUUGGUGUCCUUUAGUAGUGGUUUCUUUGCAGCAAUUCGACCAUGAAGGCCUGAUUCACACAGUCUCCUCUGAACAGUUGAUGUUGAGAUGUGUUUGUUACUUGAGCUGCAAUUUCUGAGGCUGGUAACUCUAAUGAACUUAUCCUCUGCAGCAGAGGUAACUCUGGGUCUUCCUUUCCUGUGGCGGUCCUCAUGAGAGCCAGUUUCAUCAUAGCUCUUGAUGGUUUUUGCGACUGCACUUGAAGAAACGUUCAAAGUUCUUGAAAUAUUCCGUAUUGACUGACCUUUGUCUUAAAGUAAUGAUGGACUGUCAUUUCUCUUUGCUUAUUUGAGCUGUUCUUGCCAUAACAUGGACUUGGUCUUUUACCAAAUAAGGCUAUCUUCUGUAUACCCCCCUACCUUGUCACAACACAACUGAUUGGCUCAAAUGCAUUAAGAAGGAAAUAAAUUCCACAAAUUAACUUUUAAGAAGGCACACCUGUUAAUUGAAAUCCAUUCCAGGUGACUACCUAAUGAAGCUGGUUGAGAGAAUGCCAAGAGUGUGCAAAGCUGACAUCAAGGCAAAGGGUGGCUAUUUGAAGAAUCUCAAAUAUAAAAUAUAUUUUGAUUUGUUUAACACUUUUCUUUGGUUACUACAUGAUUCCAUAUGUGUUAUUUCAUAGUUUUGAUGUCUUCACUAUUAUUCUACAAUGUAGAAAAUAGUACAAAUAAAGAAAAACCCUUGAAUGAGUAGGUGUUCUAGAACGUUUGACCGGUAGUGUAGUUUACAUGUCAACAAUCUAAGCCGGCCCUGUCUGGUUUGCCCCAUAGUUGCGCAAGCGCCAGUUUUGUUGCUAAACAACCAACCCAUCUAUAGUCCACUAUCCAUUUGGGAAUGUUAAGAGUAGCUGAGAGAGUGUUUGGGCAAAGAAACAGCUUACACAGCCAAACUUAAAUAUUAAACUUGUGAAACCCUUUCUUUUUGGUGUAAGAAUGUCUAGAAGCCAGUCUUCUUUUGAUCAUUUAUUUCGCUACACCGGUGACAAAAAGGCCGUUCUGGCUCGGACAAGGCUUACUUGUCCAAUUCUUACUUACUAGAUUUAUUGAGACCAUUUGAUUCUAUUUCAGUCCAUUCUCUCACAACCUAUAGACUCUGUGUGAAUGAACAAUCAAUUGAUUGAUCGAUUUGAUUUACUUACUAACUGAACUCGGAACUCUCUAUUUGGUUGAUAUGUGUCUCUUUUCCUCCUCCUCUCAGAUGUCUCAGCGUUGUUGUGCUUCUUUCUCUUUUUUCCAGAAAACCCCGGAAAGACAAGGGCAAAGGCCAAAAGAGAAAGCGAAAGAAAAACCAUGACCAAAAGAAUGGUGAAGCGUAUGUCAGCUCGGCCUUCUCUCCCCACCUGCACUUGAGUGUGGCGCUUCUGAUUGUUACGCUUAUUUGGGAGGAGUUCAUUUGCCGCUUUUAAUUAAUUUGCUCACUCACUAUUCACCGCCCCACCACUCCGCCCAAUACCACCACCACUCAAUACCACCGCUACUCAAUACUACCAUUACUCAAUCCCACCACCACCCAAUACCACAACCACCUAAUCCCACCACCACUCAAUCCCACCACCACCCAACAUCACCACCACUCAAUCCCACCACCACCCAAUCCCACCACAUGCAUCAAUUGGCAUGAGGCUUUUCUGAACCCCCACCGAACCGGAGAAGGUAGAAAUCGUCCCUGAAUAAUAAAUAACAUCUGAUCCUAUAUCUAUGGUUAGGCGUGACUUCAACCUCAAAUCACUAGAACUCACGCGAUUCACCCAUAACCCUGCCUCCAUACCUCACUGCCACCCUCACCCCACCCACCCAACCCACCCCCCUGGUGAUAAGGAACCCUAUGGGGGGGAUGGAGGGAAGGUAUGGAGUGAUAGGGUAAUGGUAAAGAUAACAGAACUGAACCAACCAGCAUGGCUUUUUGCAGACGAUCUCACUAAUCCGGGAUCUGUUGUGGGGAUCAUCCAAGGCCUACGUCAGUGUUGAGUCUGUCUCGCUUUGCUGUGUCUCACAGUCGUCCUUUUCCCCCUUUCUCCUUUUCUGUUUCUUUUCAUCCCUCCAAACAGGUUUUUGCUGUUCCGUCUGCCAUCGCUGGGCUUUGUUUGCAAUGUGAGCAUACGAGAGAUGGCUAUCACAUUGUUGUUUCUUUCUGGGUUAUGUAAACCAACAAGUUGUUUAGCCCGUUCUAUUUGUGCGUUCUCUUUGUUGCCUCCAUGUGACUCAACAGCACGAUCAUCACAAAACAGUGUUUAGUUUGGUGCUGUUUUCAAUGAAAAGAGAUGCUCAUGUUUCUGCAAUGGUCUUAAUGUCAAAAAUAGAGUUGUUCUGUUCACGGUGCUGUGCCUUUAGUUCUCAAUGGAAUGUCUGUUUGUCAUCCCCCAUAUUCUGUGAAAAUUGUUUGGUCCACUAUCAACCCCUCUGUGUGGAAACAUAAUGGUCAGUCUCUCUAGUGUUGUUCUCUGUCAUUUAAACCAGAUCUAUUCUCUGUUAUCUACUGGUUCUCUAUCUAAUCUGUGUCUACAGGUGUAGGAUCUUAACUUGAGCCUGUUUUCUACAGCAGGAAAAUAAUCCUGCAGCAACUGGAAAUGUUAUGUGGAUUAUAAUUAAUGGACAUUUUUGUAGGGGUUUAUACAUUUUUCAUUACGGCAAAUCAAGUCUGAAAUUUUAAAACACACUACAAGUUUGCAUUUCCUACUUUGCAGGACAAUUCUCAGCAACAAAAGAGUGAUCAAAUUAAGAUCAUACAUCUGUAUAAGGGAAAAACAAUACUUUAAAUAUUUUAAUAUAAUAAAAUCGAAUCCUGUAUCUUUACGCACAAAGAUGACCUCUGAGUUUUAUUUGACUAUGUAAAAAGAGAGUUUUGGGAUGUGUUGAAUUUGACCAUGUUUUGUGUUGUAAGCCUCACGUCCCUGCCAAAGCUUGCUGGUGCAUGUCUAACCGAAACAAUGCAUACUGUACGUGGGCAAGCCAAUCAUCAAAGUGUCUGUUUUUGUACAACCCUCCAGUCACAUGCUACAAUUCCUCCUCUUUUACAUACACUGGGAGUAUGAAGUUGCAGCAUGUGAGGGUUGAUGGAAACAACCUUGGAAGUGUUUUUCUAUGUUAACACCAUUCUAAUAAACAUCCUUCCUAUCUCUUUCUCCUCCUCCACUCUCCUCUUCGUCAUCCUUCACUUUUUCCUCUCCUCUCUCUCUCUGUCUAUAGUCAGUGCGAGCCAUGUUGUGAUGGCUGUUCAGAGAGGAGGAAGCAGGGGUUCAUCCAGGACCCUCUGACCUGCCAGUGUUCCUGCAGAAACUCCAACGCCCACUGCAGGGCGCGUUACCUGGAGCUCAAUGAGAGGACCUGCAGGUGUGUUUGUGUGUGGGUGUCAGGAGGACUUUUGUUAUAUCACUCUUGACCUCGGUAUGGUAACCAAGAUGGUGUUUGGUGACAUUUCUUGACCACAUAAGAGCCUACCAUUAGCCAAGAACCUGACCAAGACAUCGGCGCUCAGUUCCCAGACCACGAGAUCAAGUGUGUGUUUCAUACAACCAUACAGCCCUACUUCUCUGUUUGAUGCCCAUCUUUCUUCUCUUUGUCCCCCAGAUGUGACAAGCCGAGAAGAUGA